UGCAUCUUAAGUGCGACUGCCUCCAUUUAGCUCCUAUCUUUCAAUUCCUUAUUCUCCUGAACAAACUGUGAAUUAUUCAGCUGUAGCUCCAGUUUCCUAACAUAGUCUGUAAGCUGCUGCACCCAGAUGCACUUCUCACAUAUGUAAAGAUCAGGGAGACUAGAUGUCUGCCAGAUGUCCCUCAUCUUGCAAAAGGAGCACACCACAACCCUGAGAUUCAUCAUUGCUGUGCUGGCUAAGCAUUAAUAAAAAUAGACACAGAAGCCUCAACUUAGCCUCCUCUCCCAAACCCUCAGUUCCUCACUUUAAUUGUAGCCUAGUCAUACUAUGAUCGCUUUCAUAAUGGCUGCUUCCAUCUGCACUGUCCCGUCGUCCACUCCCAACAACUGUUAGACACAGAAAGGAGCUUCCUCCACACUGUCCCACCACACCGUCCCUCUGUCUCUGGGUCAGACACAGAGUGAAGCUCCCUUUACAUGCAUCCUGACCUCCUGUCUCAACUAUUGGCAGGGCUGGUGUCAGCUGAAAGGUCGCUUGGACCCCGCCAUGUCCUCGGCCAAGGUGUUCUCGAGCCAGGAGACGCAGACGGACAGCCAGCCACUGCUGAGGCAAACCCGGGCCCGGGGCCGGGUGAUGAACAAGGACGGUCGCAGCAACGUGCGGCUGCUGCAUGUCAGCGGCUGGGGUUACCUCUACCUCAAGGACUUGUGGACCACCUUCGUCGACCUCAAGUGGCGCUACAAGCUGGCCCUGUUCUGUGCCAGCUUCGCCGGCACCUGGUUCGCCUUUGGCCUGGCCUGGUACGCUGUGGCCCUGGUACACGGUGAUCUGGAGGGUGAGCGGCCCCCGGCAAACCACACCCUGUGCGUGGAAAACAUGCGGAGUCUGACUGCCGCCUUCCUCUUCUCGCUCGAGUCACAGACCACCAUCGGCUACGGCUACCGCUACAUCUCAGAGCAGUGCCCGGCAGCUGUUCUGCUGCUGGUGGCCCAGCUGUUGCUCACCACCCUGCUAGAGGUCUUUGUCACCGGCACCUUCCUGGCCAAAGCAGCACGCCCCAAGAAGCGGGCAUCAGGCGUGCGUUUCAGCCGCCAAGCAGUAGUUUCGGCCCGCAACGGCCGUCUCUCACUGCAAGUGCGGGUGGCCAACGUGCGCCCCAGCCUCCUGCUGGGCUGCAGUGUGUCGGGAAAGCUGCUGCGGGCGGUGUCGGCCAGGCCCGGCGAGGCUGUUCACCUCUGUCAGGCCGAUGUGCCCUUUCGGCUGGACGCGGGCACUGAGAGCCCCUUCCUGCUGUUGCCCCUAACCUUCUACCAUGCCAUCGACGACACCAGUCCACUAGCACCCGCUGCCCUACGCCAGGGACGGGAGCCUGAACCCGACGGCGGCUUUGAGCUGCUGGUCAUCCUGAGCGGCACAGUGGAGUCCACCAGUGCCCUGUGCCAGGCACGCACCUCCUACCUGCCCGAGGAGAUCCUGUGGGGUUACGAGUUCUGCCCCGUUGUCUCCGUCUCAGCUGGUGGCAAAUACGUGGCUGACCUGGCUGGAUUUGACCGGGUGGCACGGGUGCCUGGCAUGGAGGGACAUGCUGAGGGUGUGGGCAUGGGUGAGAAGGCACGGCUGGAGGAGGAGCUCAGGAGGGUGGGGGAAAAGGAGGGGGGAUCCCGCAAUGUUAAGAUCAGCAACGUUUGA